GCUGGCUAUCAGACAGAGGACAAUGUCUAUCAGUUCAGGAUUCAGGCGGCCAGUACCGCUGACCUGUCCAGAACUUCCAAUGUUGGAAGGCCUGGUCGCUGGGCUUUCCGUGUUGAUGCCUGUGGGGUUCUGACUGCACUGAGAAUGAGGUGUGCGUAGCGAGAUCUGGAAUUUAUGGCUGCGCCUGUGCGAAUACAAUCCAAGAUUCAUCCUGACAAUUUUGAUGCCACUGAGAGUUGUGAUGGCACUAAUAGGUCAGUGUCGGUGUCCCGCUGCCAGCUCUUCGAAGCUGGAUUUCCUGCAGUGGUCCUCCAUCUCAAUGAUCCCUCAUGCAAAGGGGUAGCCCAAGAUGGCAGACUGGUGUUCCAUUUUGAUGACAAUACUUGUGGCUCAAUCCUGGAGGUCAAUUCAACAAACUUCAUCUACAAGAACUCCAUUCAGUCAUUCUCGAGUGUGGGAUCAAGGAGUGUGGUCAGUCGUGACAGCUGGCUGAACCUUAACUUCUCCUGUGUGUACCCGCUCAUCCAGAGCAUCUCUGCGCCCAUGACCUUCCAGGCUAUCAAUAGUGUGAUCAGCAAGAACCUGCCGGGUGCAGAGGGUACAUACCAGAUCCGCAUGGUGCCCUACAGUGAUGCUUCAUUCACUAGUUCUUUCUCCGGUACUGUCACUCUUCAAGUGAACCAGCAGGUCUUCAUAGCUGUGGAGGUGGAUGGAGUCGACAGUCAGGUGUUCUCCACUGUGCUGGACAACUGCUGGGCCACUCCCUACAAUAAUCCGAACCACUACAUCCGCUGGGAUCUGAUCAGUAAAGAGUGUCCUAAUGCUAAGGAUGGCACAGUGCAGGUGUUGCAGAAUGGAGUCUCGAUAUCCAGCCACUUCUCUUUCAGGAUGUUCACCUUCACUGGCGUCAGUGAUUCUUUCUACCUGCACUGCAGGGUUCACCUGUGCCAGGUGAAUGGAGGUCAUUGCGCACUGCCGUGUGAUGAUGAUGAUGGUGAUGAGGAUGAUGGGCAUCCCAUCGUCAGAAGACGCAGAUCUUUGGACUUCCAUGACUCAACGUCCAUCAGCAUGAGCUUCUGAUUUACUCGGUUGACCCUUGCAUGCGUUGAUAAAGGCCUACACUAAAAUGUAUUUUUCUCUUAUUUGCAUCACUGUUGUUAAUUCCUAUAUGAAAUCAAAAGGUUACUACAUAAUUACUUAAUAACCUUUCUGAAAAUGAAUGAUCAUAAUUAAAUCACAAUUAAACUGCAAUUUGUAACGUCAAGAAUGUUUUAACAUGGAAAUUUGGGUGUGAUUGUGGAGCCUUAAUUCUGUUGAAUAAUCAGUGAAAUAAAACUCUCAAGCAUUUUA